ACACUGUUUUCAUUUUUGUUCUUGAACUGUAGAAUUUCUUUUUAUAAGGCUAGUAGUUUCUAAGACUGUAAACAGCCUGCACGAAGAUGACGCAUCUGAACAUUGUUUUUGAGACUGGAAUAUUACUCAUCUUGUGUGCAACUUCGCAGCAAGCAUGUGGCCCAAAUGAAAUUACGGUUGACUGCGCGGCCGUUUGCGAAGCGGACUUUUGCCCCAAGAGUGCGAAGCCCCAGACUUGCCCCCAGCCUGUUACCUGCCCCCCAGCUGGAUGCAAGUGCCAAUUCAACUACCGUCGAGCUGACAACGGUACUUGCAUACCAACAGAACAAUGCCCGCCGUUCCAGUGCGGCCCCAAUGAAGUCUACGCCCCCUGCCCGCCCCUGUGCUCCGACGACUGCUCCCUGGCCCCCUGGGGGAACGGCCAGUGUCCCCCGACCUUCGGUUUUAUCGGCAUAGUCGUGUCUUGCACCCCACAAUGCCGCUGCCGAACUGGAUUCUGGAGAAAGAACGGAACCUGCGUGACUCUUUCGGAAUGUAAAUUAAACCGCUGAUCGCAUCAAGAGAAAAAUACCCAAGAAUAAGUAACCAAUAUAAAGGGUUUUUUUUUAUAUUUUCCUCUGACUCAACUUCAUAAUGGCUCUAUUAUUAUACGUAAGGUGUGAAGAAUGUGUGUGUAAUAGAUAAGAAACUUUUAGGACAGAAAAAUCCUAAGUGUUCUGUCAAUUUAAACAGGGUGAUGGGCACAAAAUAAAGAGGAAGAAUCUAUGGAUUAUCGUUUGGGUCAUUAACUCAUAAAAUCUACAAUCACAAUGUAUGUAGAUACUGUAGUUACUUUUCGAUUUAAGCCUAAUUAGAAAAAUCACAAUUCGGAUUCAUAAAUUUAUUUCAUUUCCUUGAAAAUAAUUAUGAUAAGAACAAAUUAUGACGCACUAA